AUGAAGCUGUCAUUCAUCUUUGCUGGUUUGACUCUUAUUUGUAUAGUGCACUCAGCAAAAUUGUUAUCAUCGACACGUCGUUCAUUGAUUCUACCGGAUUAUUCUGACGAAGACGGCAGCGAGGAAAAUACUGAAACUAAAUCAACAAAGUCAGUUUCGACAACUCCAACAAGAAAUCGUUUUGUAUAUUCAACUCGACCAUCAUGGAUGAUGCAACGUACAUCAUCAAUGACAACAACAACAAAUAGUGAUGAUGAAGUUGUUGAUCUAAAUGAUAGUGAAAAUUAUUUAACAAAUAUUCGUAAAUUCUUCAAGAAAACACUCGAAGAUCUGAGAAAACUAUUGAAAAAUAUUACUGGAUAUGAUAUUGUUCAAGCAAUACAAAAAUGCUCUCAACCUUUCAGUAGACAUAUAUCUAACGAAGAAAACACAACAACAGCAUCACCAAAUCGCCAAAAAGUUAAUCAAAUAUUGAACGAAUUCGGUCUUGAUCCAGCUGAUUAUAUUUUCGAUUCAUCGUUAGAAUUGACAUCUGAUUUUUCUUCGGCUUUACCCAAAGACCUAACACAGUCACAGCAAUUGAAUAUUCAACUAAGAUCAUCAGCGCGACAACAUAAAUACGUGCAACGACCACCACCUCCACCACCAAUAGUUAAUCGUCAAAAAUCUCUAUCACGAUCAUCAAGCGGAAUGAGUCAAACAGAUUUUCCCGCACAUCGAGCACCACCACCACCACCACCACCGCCAGCUCCUACUUCUUCUUCAUUUCCUCAACGAGAUUCAGAUAAAUACAAAUCCAAUAUGACAACUCAAGAUUAUUUACAACGAAUCGACACAGCUGAUAAUCCGCCUGUGAAAGUAGUGAAACCAAAUACACAAGACCUAAUCUAUAAAAAAGAGAUUCGCAUUCGCUAUUUACAACCUCCGACACCUCCACCACCAGCACCCAUUAUCAUUCGUGAAAAACAUUUACCAUCAGCUCCACCGCAAUCGCCACUUCUUAUUCGUGAAAGAAAACCAGAGCCAGCCACACCACCACCAUUGACCAUUCGUGAACGACCACCAAGUCCACCACCUUUAUUAGAACCUUGUAUCAUCGAUAAAACUCUGCCACCACCACCGCCGCAACCUCGUCAAGUGAUUAUCGAGCGUUUACCAACUCCACCACCAAAACCGCGUACAGUCAUCUUUGAAAAAUGGUUACCCUACAAAAAAGUCAAACGCCCCAUUCUAUUAGAAAAGGCUCCACCUCAACCGCCUGUUCCGCCAACGCGAAACGUCAUCAUUGAAUAUGAGCCACUGAAAGCUUAUACAGUUCGACGUGUCAUUGAAGAAGGCUUAUUUCGUGUUGAUCCAACACAAUAUACAAAUUAUAGUGCACAAGCUGAUGGAAAUGUACGUAUCGUCGAUCGUAUUGAUGAUUUACCACCACCAAGUGAAGCAUUAAUGCGCAUAUUGAAAGAAUAUAGCCAAAAUGAUGUAGCUGAUUAUAACACAGAAUCAUUAUCAAAUAUGGAACAAUUGAUGCAAGUAUCAAGUUUAUCAAGUGCAUCAUCUCACAACAGAGAACGUGUUCUCUCAUCAGGUCAAAAUCGGUUGAUCCCUAGUCCAGUCUCAGCACCACUUCCAUUUAAUCAAACGAGAAGUUCGAAUAAUUCAUCACGACUUCAUACACCUAUUAAUAGUUCAACAUUAAAUAUUGAAGAUGCGUAUUAA